GCAAUAGUUUCCGUUGAGCAAACAGUAAAGUUUGGAUAACACAUGCAGAGCAUACGUACAAUAGCAAAGCAGCCAGAACGAUAAUAUCUCCUGUAUUCAGUUCCCUGUCUAAAUUAAGACGCUGAUCCAAGAGCCCUAGCUUUUACUGCCGAACAACUUGAAGGUGAACGUCGUCAAGUAAUGGCGGAUGCCAAACGAUCUCGUCUCAUCUUCAUUUGCAUUCAAAGGUCUGGGUCGACAUCAAUCCUGAAAUGUUUGAGCUUCAUUGACGGGCUCGAGGCAUGGUUCGAGCCGUAUGUCAUCGCCAAGAUCGCUAUCCGAGAGUACAAGGCACAUGCUGGGAAGGACCUACCGACUGAUUGGAAAGAAGAGAACCGUGCCGAGUUCGACCACGCUGCUCAGUUAAUACAUACUAUGAAUAAACUACCUUUAGUAGAAGGAAAGGAUUUUGCGUUUUCGGAGGUGAAACGACGUCUAGAGAAUCUAAAGAGCGCCCAGGUCGUCGUCAAAGACAUGGGCGGAUCAUUCUGUGGUUCUCGAAAGCAGUACCUCCCUUCUCGUAAUAGCGGCUACAAGUACGUCUUCAUAAUCCGAGAUCCACAACUUGCUCUGUCGUCCUACAGAAGAGCCACCAUACAGACAUCUCUCACCAUGCCAGGGUACACUUCUGGCAAAACAGAAGAGGACUUUGAUCUUCGAGUGGAUGAUCCGUACUACUACGCUGCCGGUGGCAACUACUUCAACAUCCAUGCGGCCUGGAAGUAUGUACGAGAGAACCUCGACCCAGACCCGUUGAUAGUAGAUUGCGAGGAUUUGAUGGCCAACCCAAAGCCAUACCUACAGAAAAUCUGUGAGGUUGGAGGGUUGGAGUUCCACGAUGGGCUCUUAAACUGGGAUGCUUCCACCGAUAUCAUCAAAACCUGGAAGAAUCCUGGGGGAGUGCCGAAGAUGCUGGCAACUGGUCUUGGGUAUUUCCAUCGAACAGCUAUCAACAGCUCUUGCUUUCAAUUUAGUAAGAAAGAGAAACCACCACUCUCCUCUGCAACGAAAGAUAUUCAGAUGGCGGUUGCCGAUGGGACAGAGUAUUACAAUGAGAUGUACGAACUUCGUUUUAAGCCUUGAUUAAAUGGGGGUAAUUAUUUGAAUAAUUACGUUUCGACCCUCAGUUACAUAUCGUGUCAAAAUUUUCUUAAGUAAUUCCUUUAUGGAGCAAGCCUCUCUUUGUAGUGUUCGAAUUUAGACAUUUUUCAUUGGUGUCAUAUUCUUCACAGUCUGUGUAAUGACACAUGAAUUCUCACACAUAAUAUAUCUAAUAUGAAUGCAAUAUUUUCUAAUUUUCCAUUUAAUCAUUGUACAUCUUUGGAGAGUUGGAUGGUUCCUACGCAAUUUUCCAACGGGAUUCGAAUGUGCGCCAUUUUUCAUGUUUUUUAAAGCAGGGUAGAUUUGAAGGGGUUUUCACAGUGAUUUUCAUUUGGGAUCUUUUAAAAGGUGACACGACAUUUUCUCCAGCGACGUUUGCUCUGCUCUUAAUAUCUCAAAGGGGGUUGGGGUCAGAGUUAUUGUAAUAAAGUUUUUGGUUCAGAACGAUGUAAAUACGUGUAUAAUGGUUAGGGUAUAUUUUUGGAGGUAAGCUUUUAUGUUUGGCCUGACGUGUAGACUUUCCAUCAGAGAAAUUGUCGCCGGGGCAAAUGCCAUGGACCCCUUUUAAAAAUCACCCACAUAUUUUUUUAUGGAAAAUGUAGAAACCAUCAAUUUUUAAAAGGGGUAUUACCUUGUUAAAAGAAGGGUAUGCGAUGAUUAAAAGUGUGAUGGAUUAGAGUCACACAAGGGGUAUACCUGUAUUGCUCGAAUAUCUAUCAGAGCCAGGAACCCCCCCCCAUAUACACAGAGCUGUAUGAGCGAUGAUUUAUUACUUUCCAUUUUGUAUAUAAAGAAUGGUUAAUUUCUUUCUAAUCAUUGAAACCCUGCAUGCAGGAUACGUACUUUCGAAAUUCAAUUCAUUAUGGAUAUCGUGUGCAUUGUAUUGAUAUCUGAAUCGUAUCUUAUUUUGCUUAUACUCAUAUAGAAACUGAGGAACCUAUAAAUUGCCAUCGAGAUUGCGAGAUACGUUAUAUCACCAAGUCGUCAUAUUAUAAAGUGUUGUAUGCCGACUUCACUUGGCGAGAUACGUAAACUCUCGCAAAGUCGACAUAUGAAAAUUGUUUUGUCAACAUGGCGAGAUACAAUAUCUCGCCAAGCCGACUUAUGACAACUAGGCCUAGUGGACAUACAAUUUUUCAUAUCGAAUCGGUGAGACAACGUAUUUCGCCAUCUUGACAAGUCGAUGGUACUCAGAAGCUUCCCGAAACAUCUACACGUCUGUCAACUUAAUAAAAAAAAGAAAUCGGACAAGCAAUAAGAAAGUUAUAGCUGCUUUAAAAUUGAGAUCACUAAUACUAUGUAAAUUUCAAAUUGGCAACUGGGUAAGUAAAUUAUGACAAGGGGCAAGGACAACUUUCCCAUAGGCCAUGUACAUGUACAUUAUCAGGGAUUUGUGGUUUUCUCAUAAGUACCCAUUCCCCUGGGGCAGUAAUCUAAAUAUAACCCAGGUAGUAUAUUGUUUUAUGUCCUCAUGAAAGAAAAAUAUAAUUUGAAAUAAAACUUUUGGGAAAAAUGACAUUUUAGCCAUAAUAUGUAUUGGAGUACAUGGAAGAGGAGUCCUUGCCUUACAUCACUAUGACAUCACACAUGCGGCCAAUUUGAAGUCUCCAUGGGUAUAGUGAUUACAAAUAUUUACAACUUUUAAAAAUUCAUAACUUUCUUGUUGUUUGUCCAAUAUUGUUCAAACUUUCACCUAUCACCUUGUCUGAUUUUUCUUUUCCUUAUAAAAACAAGUUUUUAUUUGGGUUGGAUUCCCCUUUAAUGACUUUGUUUUGUAUUGAAAAGAAAAUAAAUUUAUGAAGACAAAAAUGAAUUAUUGAAUAAACUUUAAAUAUUUGUUAUUUUGUUAAAAGUUGUCACUGAGUAUUACUGAAAUUGUAAUUUUAAUCCAAAUUUCUCAAAAAGCAAUCAUAAUUCGCAGAACAGUAUCCAAGGAGGGGCUAGUCUUUAGGGGUGCCAAUGCCAGGGAUCAGAAAAAAAAUGAGUGAGGGAAAUUAAAAUAUUUUUAUUCCCCAUCACUCAUUUUUCUGCUUCCUGACAUUUGUAUAGAGAAAGACAAUGGUGAAUCCCAGUUUAAUCUCACCAACAACCAAUUAAAGAGACACC